UAAACUCCACCGAAGAAGAAGAGCUGCCAACAUGGCGGCGCACAUGAGACGCUUGACACAUUGGUACAGAGCAGUGAUAAACAAUAAUUUAACAUCACUUUCAAUCGUCAGAGGAUAUUUAUCAAGGUCAUAUUCUCAGGUUCAAACAGACUUUUCGUCUAAUCGUGUGCGGCGUACGUUCACAGAUUUUUUUCAUGAACUCUACCAACACAUAAUUGUGCCAUCCUCCCCUGUUCGUCCGCGGGGAGACCCGAGUCUCCUGUUUGUCAACGCAGGCAUGAACCAGUUCAAGCCUAUUUUCCUUGGAGCAGCAGACCCGCGCAGUGAAAUGGCCACAUACCGGCGGGUGGUGAAUAGUCAGAAGUGUGUCCGGGCUGGGGGUAAACACAAUGACCUGGAAGAUGUUGGUCGAGAUGUCUACCACCACACCUUCUUUGAGAUGUUAGGAAACUGGUCCUUUGGCGAUUACUUCAAGGAGGAAGCAUGCAUCAUGGCUUGGCGUCUACUCACAGAGGAGUACAGGAUUCCUCCAGAACGCCUCUACGUCUCAUACUUUGCCGGUGAUGCCACCUCUGGUUUGCCAGCAGAUGAGGAAACGCGCCACAUCUGGCUAAGCAUGGGAGUGCCCUCCGAUCACCUCCUGCCAUUUGGGAUGAAGGACAACUUUUGGGAGAUGGGGGAGAUUGGCCCCUGUGGCCCCUGCACAGAGAUCCACUAUGACCACAUUGGGGGCCGUAAUGCAGCCUCGCUGGUCAAUGCAGACAGUCCUGAUGUGGUCGAGAUUUGGAACCUGGUCUUCAUGCAAUACAACAGAGAGGCAGAUCACAGCUUACGGUCACUCCCCCAGUUCAGCGUGGACACUGGCAUGGGUCUGGAGCGACUGGUGACCGUUCUCCAAGGACAACGCUCCAACUACGACACUGACCUCUUUACCCCUCUGCUGUCUGCUAUACAACAGUGCUCCAAUUGCCCUGAGUAUAGAGGGAGGACUGGAGAGGCGGAUGUGGGCAAAGUGGACAUGGCAUACCGCGUCGUUGCUGACCACGUGCGCACCCUGUCUGUCUGCAUUGCUGACGGAGUCUACCCGGGCAUGUCUGGGGCCGAAUUGGUUUUACGCCGUAUCCUCCGGCGAGCUGUGAGGUUCAGCACUGAGGUACUGCAGGCCCCCGAGGGAGCGCUGGCAAGCCUGGUACCCACAGUUGCCCACAUCCUGGGUGAUGCUUAUCCCGAACUGCAUAAAGAGUCAGAUAGGAUCAUGGAUAUAAUCAAUGAAAACGAGGCCCAAUUCCUGUCCUCUCUGAAGCAGGGGCGCAGAGUGAUUGACAGGACACUCCAGAGAUUGGAGAACAAUGACACUCUGUUCCCAGUGCCUGUGGCCUGGUCUCUGCAUCGUAACCUGGGCUUUCCUCUGGAUCUCAUUGUACUAAUGCUGGAGGAGCAGGGCUUGAGUGUUGACCAACGGGCCCUUGAUGUGUUGGCCAUUGAACAUGAAAAUGUAACUACACUUAGGUGUCAGGUGCAGACCUCUGUUGGGGAUACGCUGGUCCAUCUGGAUCUGCACAGCCUAGCCCAGCUGCAGAGUGGAGAAGUUCCCCACACAGACGACUCCCCCAAGUACCAUUACAGCUUGGCACAGGAUGGCAAAUAUGUGUUCCAGCCCUGCCAUGCUACCGUGCAGGCCCUGUACUGUGGACAGACUCUUGUCUCGGAGGUGGCCGGGGGCCAGAGGUGUGGUGUGGUGCUUGACCGGACCUGUUUCUAUGCAGAGCAAGGGGGGCAGUCCCAUGACCAGGGCUACUUCAUCAGAGAUGGACUGCCGGAUGUCCUGUACCCUGUUGAGGCUGUGCAGCUUGCUGGGGGAUAUGUGGUUCAUCAGGUCACCGCUGCUGAAGUGCUGAGAAAAGGGGACCAGGUCCAGCUCUACCUGGAUGAGCCACAGAGACUAGCCUGCAUGGUCAAGCACACCGCCACACACGUCCUCAACUUCGCCCUCCGUCAGCUGCUGGGUUCUUCUGUGGAGCAAAGAGGCAGUCAUGUCGCUGCAGACCGCCUACGCUUUGACUUCAGCGUCAAGGGGUCAUUGAGUAUUCCCCAGCUCCAGGAGAUUGAGAGGAGCAUCCACAACAUUAUCACAGAGAAUAAUGCGGUGUACAUAGAAGAGGUUCCCCUGGCCCGGGCUAAAGACAUCCCAGGUCUAAGGACUGUGGAUGAGGUGUACCCUGAUCCGGUGAGAGUGGUGUCCGUGGCAGUUCCCGUAGCAGACCUGUACGGUUCUCAAACGGACAGAUGGGCGUCAGUGGAGCUCUGCUGUGGGACGCAUUUACUGACGACCGGGGAGAUCGGGGAUUUGGUUAUCAUUUCCGAGAGGCAGAUGGUUAAAGGGAUCAGCCGUAUCGUGGCAGUCACUGGAGACGACGCCAGAGAGGCUCGAGAGGCGGGUCAGGUCCUGACCCAGGAAGUGGAGUCUUUGUCAGCACGUCUUGCAACGGUCACCAGCCCCUCCCUCGCCGAUGCCAACCGACUGGCCAAAGAAGCGGGCAUACUGACAGAUGCAGUGGAUUGCACUCCUAUACCACAGUGGAAGAGGAGGGAGCUUCAAACUCGCCUCAAAGGUCUACAGAGGACAACCAACACAAGCAUAAGGAAACUGGAGACCAAAGAGGCUGCUGUGAAAGCCCAAUCACUAUUCAUAAAGAAUAGCAGCAAGAAUAUUGUAGUGGACACUGUGGACACAGACUCUAUAUCAGUGCUGAUGAAGACAGUGAACCAAUACAGUGACAGAGCCCCAGAGACCCUGAUCAUGCUACUCUCCCACCAGCAGCCAACGGGGAAGGUCCUGUGUGCGUGCCAAGUGCCUAAGGGCUUUAGUGCUCUCUCUGCCAGUGACUGGGCCCUGACAGUGUGUGCCCGCCUGGGAGGGAACGCAGGUGGCUCUGCCACUGUGGCAAAGGGCACAGGGAGUGGGGCCAACCUCACUGAGGCACUCAGGUGUGCUGAAGAGUAUGCACAGGACAAGACCCAAAACGGAUGCUAAGUACAAAUGUCCAGGGAUCACAAGCCCACAUUUACCAUAGGGUGUAGGCAAAAUACACCGCUGUUCAAUGGAAAAGUUCUUCAACUGCCGCAUGGCGGGUUGAUGACAAAAGUACAUAUUACAGCAUACUACAGGUUGGAAGAACCAGCUAUUUUUUUUGG